GGAAGUGUCUGAGUCUGGAUUUGAACUCAGGCAGAUGAGCCUGCCUUAUGUCCCAUAUGUCUACAUUCAUACAAUAACUCUCUUGUUACCUGUACCUAUACCUGUGGGCCGCUAGAUGGCAUGUCAGUGACAGGUAGUCAUUUUUCCAGUCCAGGGCAUAGCCACGUGGCCCUGAGCCCAAAAACAGGUGGAGAAGGGGAGGGGCAGGGAACUCCCUCCCAACCUUAUACCCUAACAUUGUACCCCACCUUAGGCCUGCGGCGGAAUAAUCAGGGCGGUGGAAGCUAAUGACCCCAUGAAAUAUCAAGAAUGAACAAAACAAAGUGAAAAGGCUUUUAAAAAGUGAAAUAUCUCAUAGAAAAAAUAACCUGCAAAACAGACAUAAUUUAAGAGUCUUUGGAAAUAUAAGAGGUCAAGAACACCAAAGAAACUAAUGAAAAAAAAGUAAAGGAGAUUUAGCAGCAACAGAUAUUUAACUAGAGUAAGGCAGUAAUUAUCCAGACCAAAAUGACAUCGUUGUCAGAGUCGAGUUAGUGGCUAAUCAGCGCUCCGAGCUCUGCCACGGGCUGCCACAAAUAGUGCACAUGAACACACGGGCUGCUUCGCUAACGGGGUAGCUUGUGUUUGAAAUGCACACGUGGAUCAGUGGAACACAGUAGACAUACAAUAAAUACACAGCAGUAAAUGAUGAUGGUAAUCCUGUGUUUGAUAAAUGCAAAGAUUUAAGCUUUGGGGAUAAGAAUCCACUGAUUCAAAAAAUUAUUGGGAAAACUGGAAAGUGGUUGAAGGAAAUUUGGAAAUAGAUCCCUGUCGUAUAUCAUUUACAAAGAUAAAAUGGAUAAUUGAUCUAGAUGUAAAGGAAGAGACCAUAAGAAAACUAGACUAACACAGGACACAUUACCUGCCAGACUUAUGAAUAGAAGGAUUUAUGAAUAAGAGGUAGAAUUGUGAGAUGUAAAAUGUUAUGUACAUGGCAUGGAGAGGCCAGAGGUUCAGGAUAUGCGCGUUAAGUAAAGACAGAAAUUGAUGAUUAACUCCGAGUGGCCUGGAACUUAUCAAGGCAACCCAGGUGGGGAAUAACGCAGAUGGGGUCUAUAUAAGUAAUUGUAACGGCGCCAUGGGGAGAUAUAUAAGAGGAGAAGAACGCAGGAGAGAGGGAAGUGGCAAUAGACGUUUGCUGUGCCUAACAGUCUGGUGUGAUGGUGUUUGGUGAGGAAGAACGCGGCGGGGCGGUGGCUGCGCCGGAGACGGCAGAAGACCUGGUAAGGUGGUCCCUGCUCCUCCAGAAGGGCUACCAGGAGAAGGACUCUGACCCCCGCGUCUCCGUCAUCACCAAGCUCAAAGGCGUCUCCGUGGCCCAGAUGGAGGCUCUGGGAAGCCACGUGUGGGAUGUGGCCGACUAUACGAAGCCCCCCCAGGGAGAAAACGUUUUUUUCCUGGUCACGAACUUCCUCGCUACCCCGGAGCAGGUGCAGGGCAAGUGCCCAGAGCACCCCUCAGUGCCCUUGGCUCCCUGCUUGGCUGACGAGGACUGUCCUGCCGGAGAGACGCUGAGCCACAGCCACGGAAUCAAAACCGGGAAGUGCGUCCCCUUUAACUCAUCCUACCAGACCUGCGAGAUCUGGGGCUGGUGCCCCGUGGAGAGCGGCCCCGUGCCCAGGAAGCCCCAGCUGCUGGAGUCGCAGAACUUCACCCUCCUCAUCAAGAACUCCAUCACUUUCCCCAAGUUCAACUUCCUCACGGCGCUUCUAGGUCCCCCGGCUCCCAGCUCUGCGGCCCCACCGGUCUGGGAGCUCGGCAGAAUUCUGGGGUCACAGGCCCCCGUCAGUGCGGGGCUGGUCCCCCCCAGCUCUAGGAGCCCCUCGGACCCGCUUCCGUCCCUCAGGGCCAACACCCUGGAGACGCGGGACGGCGGGUACUUCAAGCGCUGCCGGUACCACGCGCAGGCCAGCCCGCUCUGCCCGGUCUUCCGCGUGGGGGACGUGGUGGCUGCGGCCGGAGGGGACUUCGAGGACCUGGCCCUCCUGGGGGGAGUCGUGAGGAUUCAGAUCACCUGGGACUGUGACCUGGACCGCCCGGGCAGCGAGUGCCAGCCCCGCUACUCCUUCUGGCUGCAGGAGAAGGGCCACAACUUUCGGGCAGCUGUGCGCUGGUGGAGGCCGCCGGGGAGGGAGGCCCGCAGCCUCUUCAAGCUCUUUGGGAUCCGGUUUGAGAUCCUCGUGGCCGGCCAGGCCGGGAAGUUCAGUGUCAUCUCCACGGGAAUCACUCUGGGCACGGGAAUGGCCCUGCUGGGGGCGGCCACCUUCCUCUGCGACCUGCUCCUGCUCUAUGUGGACCGACAGGCCCCUUUCUAUUGGGGGGAGAAGUAUGAGGAGGUGAAGAUCCCCCCCCCCUUCCUGCUCUCCCUCCUCCCUUUUCCCCGCAACCUGCCCAAGGCCUUCCGUUUUCCCACCCUUCCCAUGCCCAGUGGUGAACCCGUGGUCAGAGUGGACCUCAUCCUAAGCCCUAAAGAAACUGGGGAAACUCUUUUCGGCUUCUUGUCCCUCAGCCCUUCCCCGCCCUUCCGGCCUCCCAACUCCCCUCAGGAACCCCAGAAACCCCCAGGGGCAGCCAACUUCCCAGGGGCAGCCCCCACCCCAGGGAAGGGAAUCCGGGCCCACCCCAUGCCCAGGGCCUUAAAAAGUACACCCUUCUUCUCGGAGGGUCAGGCCCAACUCCCCCAUCCUGCCGGGGCGGGGCAACUUUGA